AUGUCAGCACAGCAAAUAUCGCGGAGUCUUCUCCGUCGUACAGUCCAGCGAUCGCAGAAUCUGACCGCAACGAUUGAGGCUGUUCGAUUCACCACCGCUCGGAGAUCUAUUCACUAUGCACGAAGCGGUAUAUCUGCUAUAACACCAUCUCAGAACCGUCGCAGGCCGACCUUACGCCCUAGUCAUCAGAUUUCAGCUCUACCGAAAAUCAAUGGACCUUCUACAGGCAACAAGCGAUCUAUAUUCAUCCAGACGGAAUCGACGCCAAACCCGGAUGCACUCAAAUUCUUACCUAACCAUCGCGUCUUGCCGGAAGGGUUUCCAACUCCCUUUUUAGAAUACUUGUCGCCGAGGUCGACUCUCGCUCCGCCGCACCCUUCACCGUUAGCAGCUAAACUGCUAAAUAUCGAAGGCAUCUCCUCCGUCUUCUAUGGACCUGAUUUCAUAACAGUGACAAAACAAAGCGACGUCAACUGGGCGCAUGUCAAACCCGAGGUCUUUAGUCUGAUCACCGAAGUCGUCACUUCCGGCGAACAGAUUGUGAAUACCGUUGAGCGCACUUCCGGUGCGCAGGAUGCACAGGAAGGUGGCAACGAAGAUACCUUGGCGUAUAAUGAAGAGGAUGACGAAGUAGUUGGAAUGAUCAAGGAGUUGUUGGAGACUCGCAUUCGACCGGCUAUCCAAGAAGAUGGAGGAGAUAUCGAGUUUCGCGGAUUCGAGAAUGGAAUUGUCCUGUUAAAGUUGCGAGGAGCUUGUCGAACUUGCGACUCGAGCACCGUCACGCUCAAGAAUGGUAUCGAGUCGAUGCUUAUGCACUAUAUUGAGGAAGUACAGGGCGUGCAACAAGUUUUAGACCAGGAGGAAGAAGUGUCGAUGCAUGAAUUUGCCAAAUUCGAGGAAAAACUGCGACAGCAGAAGGGACCUGGUGCUACGGCUUCGUCGCCAUUAGGUGGGGCUCAGGCUUAA